CCAAUCCCCAAACUCCCCCCCCCCACUUCAAGCCAGGGGGUAGGGCAGCCUCACCAGCGCCCCCCGCCCCAGUUCCAGCACCUAUGGCCACAGCAAAGCAUGAAAACCAAACGAACAGCAAUAGAGCCCAGCACCACCAGGGACCCGGCCAGCGUACUGCACCCACUGUGUGCAGGAGCCUGACAGCACCUAGGCUCCCUGCUGGGAGCUGAGGGGUAGAGGCCUGAUGCUCUCCCAGAGCUGGGGGUCCUCUGAACUGGGCUUCUCCCUGGUAAAGCACCUCCUCCAAACCUGGCAUCAGUCAUAGGUGCGUGGGGCAGGGCUGCCUGAGUCCACGGCUGCUCUUUAACCCCUUCCUGCCUGCUGUGGGGUUUGUGGAUCCUGGCCCUUGGGGUCAGAGGCACAACCCUGGAAGGCAGCCCAGAGCAGGCUGCAGCUGUGCGAGCUGGUGCGCGUUGUUAGAGCAGCUGGGCGCUAGGCGGGAUGAGCCUGUGGCCGUUUGCGUUCUUUGCCGUCUCCCAGGGCAGGGACAGAGGCAGUGGCAGUGGGAUUCAGGGGCUGCAGGUCCUGCCGGGGCUCGGAUGGCGACUCUCUUUCUCUCUCCCCCCACCCCAGUUAACCUGGUGGAUUUUUGUGGGCAGACCAUCAGAGACGACGGGCUGAUUAUCAAUUCGCACAGGGACUCCCGGCGCUACUACUUCGUGGCCACGGGGACCGACUGCUCCCUCACCAUGCAGGCCGCGUCGCCCAGAGACAAAGUCCAGUUCCAGUUCCGCUUCUUCUUGGUGUACAGCCUGCUGCAGCCCCCGCCCAACGCCACCCGAGCGCCUCUGCCUCCAGAGCCCGCCCGGCCCAGCCAGCGGGGGCCUGGGCAGCCCUCAGCCGGCGGAGACUGGGCGCUUCAGGACCCCUGCAAUGCUGGAUCGUAUGUGCAAUUCUAUGAUGGCCGAGAUCGCGCCGCCGAGCCCCUGGGGUUCCCGCUGUGUGGGAAGAGCAUCCCCAGGCCCAUCCUGUCCACCGGGAACUACCUGACCCUGCGCUUGGUGACACGGGGGCAGCAGCCUCGGGUGGAUUUCGUGGGCGAUUUUACAUCCUUCCGGCUGGGCUUCAGCAUGUCCGAGUGCAGCGAGGAGCCGUACUUCCAGUGCCGGAACAGCAAGUGCAUCCCCAUGAGCCUGGUGUGUGACCGGACGGGUAUCGAUAACUGUGGGGAUGGCUCGGACCAGGCAGCCCACCCCCCUGCCAAGUGCAGAGGCCGCCCUCCCACAUCAGCAUUUCUCCAGCCUGCGAGCAGCCCUGCAGCCCACAUCACCCCCUGCCUGGCGGCCUGUGGGGGGGCAGAGAAGAGCCAGCCCUGGGCCCCAGACACCGCGCCCCAGGACGAGCCUGCAGCAGGUGAGAGGAGCUUGUGCUCCCUGCUGGCCCUCUGCAUCCUCCUGGGGCUGGGCGUGGGCUCAGCCCUCCUGCUCUGGUGCUGCUGGUCCCCUGGCUGGUUUGUCUGGAGACUCGGGGCCUGCCGGUUCCUGCCUGGCUGCAACUCCAUGUGGGCCUCGUGCCAACUCUGCCCCCGCAGCUGUGCCCACAGGAACCACAGCUGUUCCAGCAAAGUCACGCCGCAGCACAGCGCCGACCUGCCCAUCUGAUGUCAGCCAUGCCGUCCCGCCCUGGCCGGAGGAGCAGGGAUCCGACCUUUCCUGUCUGUGCUGCAGGGAUUCUCUCCGCUGGCUUGGGUCAUAGCAGGACGGGCUGUGAUACCAGCUGGGUGCAGGGUGGGGAGAGAUGUGAGAGGACAGGGCAGCUCCCAAUACCUCCUCUGCUCACUCCCAUAGACCCAGGCCAGGCUCCAUGCGCCUCCUCCCAUGGAUCGGCUCAGCUGCUUGCCUCCCCACCCCCACCCCCACC